GCAUGAUGACGGUAAACAGACAGCUAUCGAUGAAAUCUUCAAGAUGGUCGAUAAAUUGGAGAAGGUUUCAAAUGAAGACACGUUGACCAUGGAAAAUGCUUUACAUGACCUCAACAAGGAUUUGCUAAACGUAGCCAAAAUAAAGAGACAAAUCGAAAAAGGAAAUAUAGAGGCAAUACAAACAUUUGACAAUCAUCGAUCAUUUAAGACGAUAAAAGAACUUAGGAAUAAAGUAACAACUCAGUCAGUGUACAAACAUACCAAAAUCGCGAGUCCAAAAACCUUAGAAGAUGUAAAGAAUCACAUUCUCGACCAUUUGACACAGACUCAGAACCCAAGUGAUUGCAAUAAGCAAAAUAAACUUCUAUGUCAUUUGGCGAAGCCUUGUGAGUUUGCAUGCCAAUUUCAUCACCUUGUUUAUUGUUUUAUCGUCGGGUACACCACAAACAGGACUGUGGUCAUUGAUGCUACUGACAUGGAUUACUCCAUCAAAGGAUGGGAAGACGUUUUUAGACCUGUGAGUACCACGUGUACCAGUGUCAGUGCCGAUGAGUAUGACAUCAGUACGCCUGAGUGUGCAAUGGAGGCACUACAUCCACAAGAUAAAUGGAUGAAUCUCACUCUGUGUCAAUCUAGUCAUGUGAUUAGUUUACCCCCUCUUGAUUGGUUAAUAGACCCUCCCAGGUACAUCACCUCGGGGAUACCUGAUGACGUAGCUAUACUUCUGUCUGUACAUAUUUCUGCUGAUGAAGCAUUAUUAUUUUGGAUUUCAACGUUGGUUGGAUUUCUUUUUCAAUUGAAUGACAAUAUGGAGAAAGAAGCAAAAAGCUUUGAGUUUGGUAUGGGGAUCAACCACCCUGUAGUGGGAUUAGAUAUUAAGCGAGUCGAUGUUGAUAACCACAGUCUGAAAGCCUACAUGGACCAUGUAGAUCGAUACUAUGAUGCGAUGGACCCCGAUGGCAUUUUCAUACGUCGGCGAGUGUACCUAGUAACGGACGACCCUGAUAUUAGAAGUGAAGCAAGGGACACUUAUCAGAACUAUCAAUUUAUCACUAAUACACAUUAUGUUUAUUUAGAGGAGACGGGAAUUAGCCCAAUAACGGGCGACGAACUCAAACAUAACGUUAGAGACUUGUAUAUCUUGUCAGAAUGUGAUUUCGUAGUUGGUACAUUUUCAUCCCAGAUUAGUCGACUGACAUUCGAAUUGAAAACGUUCAAAGAUGAUGAAUUCGAAAUCGCGUUCGACAAUAUGGUCUCAUUAGAUUCUAAAUACUUUUUUACUGAGUAA